AAUGGGCUUCAAAAUAAAACACUUUGGGAUGUGAUAAAUAAAACGGACAAGGAAAAUCAGAGCGUGUGUGACCAAAACAUAUCAGAGCGAGAGUAAAGCGCUGAGAGCUAUAUUGGGUCACCGCAUUGCUGCUUUGACUCUCAAAGCAACGGGAACGGGAAAUAGCACGGCGCACGAGCACGGGCGCCUGGUUGCAUUUGAUUUAAGCCGCCGCCUACCACAGCAGGGAGACCGUUCUGUUUCGUCCACUAAAUGACUAUCCAUGGCAGAUUUGUUUGUUUUUUAACUACGACCUGUUUUUCAACUGGUAACCGAGAAACCGUAGAUAAAAUAAGAUGUUAAAGUGAUUACCAGGGGUAAAUAAUAAACAAUACCGGGCAAGCAAGGUCCCUUCCCCGAGCGCAGGUGGAUCCAACGAAGUGGUGGAACAGGGUAUUGAAUGAGGACAGGAACUGCAGCGUACCACGAUAACCUCGGGACUACUAGCAUACUACUACCUUCAAAGAAUAGGUCUAACUAUUCAUUCCUAUAUCUGCUUUUUGGGGUCCAAAUGAUGCUAAAUUGCUAAAUUGUAUCAGAACAUCAUUAUGGUGGAAAUAGAAUAACCCAAGUGAUGUAGAACGCAUAACGCACUUGGACUAAAAGGUGUGUAACUCUAAUCAAAUUAUUGUUUUGUAGGCUUCCCAAGCCUGCUUCUGUUGAAAUAAUACCUAGUUCUUUCUCAUGUGGACCUAUAAUAGUCUGUAAAGGAUGCCUGAAGCACUCGCUCCAGCCCAGGCGCUCUACAUCGGCAUGGAGGUGGUGAUUGCCGUCUUCUCCGUCCUGGGUAAUGUGAUGGUGGUCUGGGCGGUGAAAAUUAACAAGUCGUUGAGAGACACAACAUUCUGUUUCAUCGUUUCUCUGGCCUUGGCGGAUAUCGUGGGAGCCCUCGUCAUCCCCUUGGCGAUAACUAUCAGCAUCGGACUUCAAACUCACUUCUACAGCUGCCUGAUGGUCGCGUGCACGGUGCUGGUGCUGACGCAAAGUUCCAUCCUGGCGCUCCUGGCUAUCGCGAUUGACCGCUAUCUCAGGGUCAAGAUUCCAACCAGCUAUAAGCGUGUGGUGACAAAGCAGCGAGCGGCCGUGGCGGUGGUGGUGUGUUGGACUGUGGCCUUCAUCGUGGGCUUGACCCCAUGCUGGGCUGGUAACAACCUCUGGAGGGUGCAGCAGAACGGUUCCCUGAACGACGAUCUCAUCAUCACUUGUCAGUUUGAGAACGUAAUCAGCAUGGACUUAUUGGUCUACUUCAACUUCUUCGGCUGGGUACUAUAA